AUGGCUGAGUAUGUUUUUUCCGUCUCGCCAUUCCUUCCAGUGCUCCUUGUCCUCGCCGCGCUCGCCGUCCUGGUGGCGCUUGCUCCUCGCUCCAUCGGGAUGCCGGGCCUGCCCCGUCUGCCCGUGGUGGGCAGUCUGCCUUGGAUGAGGGGUGGCAAACCUCCACACCUGCUUUUCAUACAGUUGGGCCGAAAGUAUGGGCCAUUGUUCGAGUUGUUCCUGGGGCCCCAUCGCACCGUGGUAGUCAACGCCUACGAACACGCCAGAGAGGUUCUGCUGCAGCGAGGGCGAGACUUCGCCGGGCGCCCCAGCAUGGUGACCACCGAUCUGCUGACCCGAGGCGGGAAAGACAUCGCCUUUUCCGACUACUCGCCGCUGUGGAAGCUGCACCGCCGCCUGGUGCACACUUCCUUCGCUCUGUUUGGAGAAGGAAGCAACCGCCUGCAGGACGUUGCCUCCGAUGAUGACAUUUUGUCAGUUCUGUCCGAGGUGGACGGUCUGUGCGCAGAGCUGCUGUCCAGCAAGGGGUGCAGCUUCGACCCGUCCCUCGCGGUGACCACGGCCGUCACCAACGUGGUGUGCACGCUGGUGUUCGGAACCACCUAUAAGCACGGCGACAAAGAGCUUCUGGAGGUGAUGCGCUACAACGACGGCAUUGUACGGACCAUCACCAGGGGAGGACUGGUUGACAUCUUCUCCUGGAUGAAGGUGUUCCCCAACGCCUCUCUGAGUGAGCUACGAUCGUGCAUUGCCGUGCGGGACCGCCUCCUCACGCAAAAACUGCAUGAACACAAGGCAGCACUGAGCGAAGGUGACCCUCGAGAUCUCCUGGAUGCCUUGCUGAAGGGUCAAGGGUCCCCCGGGCCCGACGGGGCAACCAUCACAGACGACCAUGUGUUGAUGACGGCGGCGGAAGCCUUCGGCGCCGGCGUGGAAACUACAUCCACCACGUUGCUCUGGAUUCUGGCCUACCUACUGCACCACCCCGAGGUACACGCUCACAAGCAUUUAGGUUGCUUCGCCGCAUUUGUUGACCGGCAUCUCAUGCAGGUCCAGGAGCGGGCGCAGAAGGAGCUGGAUGAGCAAGUGGGCGAACGAGCUGUGCGCACGUCUGAUCGCGGAAGGCUCCCGUAUCUGGACAGCAUUAUCUACGAGGGGAUGCGGAUCCGGCCGGUGAGCCCGGUGCUGAUUCCACAUAUCGCCGUGACCGACAGCAGGUACACCAAACGAGCAGCGGGUGCCACGCGCGUGUGCGGGCUGACGUCGGUUUCUCGCCGUAGCAUCGGAUGUCACACCAUCCCCAGUGGAACUCGCGUGUUGGUCAACAUGUGGGCCAUCCAUCACCACCCUGACCACUGGGACAGACCGGAUCUGUUUCAGCCAGAUCGCUUCCUGAAUGAUCAGGGUCAGCUGGUCACACCCUCCUGCUUCCUGCCGUUUGGGGCGGGGCCACGCAUCUGUGUGGGCGAAUCCCUGGCCAGGAUGGAACUCUUCCUAUUCUUGUCCUGCAUGCUCCAGCGAAUGAGCUUCAUACUGCCGGAUGGGGCUUCCCCUCCCAACCUGCAGGGGCGCCUCGGCGUGGUCUUGCAGCCUCUGCCUUAUAAGGUCGCCGUCAAGCCGAGGGCAGAGUGGGAAGUUGGCACUCAUGUUUUCUAACCAGUCGCUAUGAA